CAACCAUCUCAUAUUUCUCUACCCAAAAUGCCCUUAGAUUCAUUGUAGACGGAACGCUGCAAUAGAUUUAUUAAGAUUUAAGCAGUAUGAGAGAAACAAGAGGACAGAAUAAAACAACGUAGUUCCAUUUCCGCCCAAACCAACCUGAAUCCUGAAUCUCUAUCCCCCCCGCUCCUUUCCUCUCCCUUUCUAUCACUACAAUUCAAACCUUUCUUGCUUCCUUUCAUUACUCUUCCUCCUCCCAAACGGACCGCCACCAGCCAUGACUUCAGCUCUACCAUUAUCUUCCCCAUGCUCCUCCUCCUACACACUCCCAAACACUUUCCCUUCAACCAACACUUUCUCUCUUCACUGUAAACCCUCUAAACAAGCUCGCGCAUCUGGUUCACUGAAUUCAACCACCAACCAAACUAACCCCACAAUAAUUACAGCAAGCAAUGAUGAGGACUACAAUGAAACACUUCUAUUUCUCCUUCGCCAGAGGAGAACUGAAGAGGCCUGGAUAAAGUACACGCAGUGCCCUGACCUGCCCAACCCUACUUGUCUUAGCCGAUUAGUGUCUCAAUUGUCAUAUCAGAAUUCUCCCACCAGUCUCAAUCGAGCUCAGGCUAUACUCACGCGCCUCCGCAAUGAGCAGCAGCUCCACCGCCUUGAUGCUAAUUCUCUGGGUCUCCUUGCCGUGGCUGCUUCCAAGGCCGGCAACACCCACUAUGCCUCCUCUAUUAUCAAGUCUAUGCUAAGGUCUGGUUACCUUCCUCACGUUAAGGCCUGGAGCGCUGUAGUCAGCCGACUUGCUGCCUCAGGUGAUGAUGGGCCUAAUGAGGCUAUUAAACUAUUUGGGUCUGUGAUUCGUCGGAUUCAGAGCUUCACAGACCCUGAAAUGGUUGUGGCCUCGAAGCCUGACACUGCUGCUUUUAAUGCUGUGCUGAAUGCUUGUGCCAAUUUGGGUUAUGCAAAGAAGUUCUUGCAGUUGUUUGAUAAAAUGCCUGACUACGGUGCUGAACCUGAUGUCUUGACAUAUAAUGUGAUGAUUAAGUUGUGUGCAAGAGUUGGACGGAAAGAUUUGCUCGUCUUUGUGUUGGAAAGGAUUCUGGAGACGAGAAUUCGGUUUUGUAUGACUACACUGCAUUCCCUUGUUGCUGCCUAUCUUGGGUUUGGAGAUUUGGAUACAGCACAGAGAAUGGUUCAAGCGUUGAGGGAAGGUAGGAGAGACCUUUGCAAGAUUCUUAGGGAUUCAAAUUCCGAAGAUUUUAGUGAGAGCGAGGAGGAUAUGGUUGAGAAUUUUAAUUCAAGUUGCGAACACGAAGAUAUAUUUCAGAAGCUGCUUCCUAAUUCAACUGAUGCAGGUGACGAUGAACCACCGUUAUUGCCAAAAGCUUAUGCACCCGACACUAGAAUUUACACGACAUUGAUGAAGGGUUAUAUGAAAUCUGGUCGGGUCACUGACACAGUAAGAAUGCUGGAGGCAAUGCGCCAUCAGGGUGAUACUACAAGUCAUCCUGAUCAUGUUACAUAUACAACUGUUGUUUCUGCUCUUGUUAAGGCAGGAUCUAUGGAUCGUGCUCGUCAGGUCCUAGCUGAGAUGACUAGAAUUGGUGUGCAAGCCAAUCGAGUUACCUAUAAUAUUCUCCUGAAGGGUUACAGCCGGCUACUGCAGAUAGGUAACGCAAAGGAACUGCUAAGGGAGAUGGUCAAUGCAGGUAUUGAGCCAGAUGUAGUAUCAUACAAUACUCUGAUUGAUGGUUGUAUCCUGGUUGAUGACAGUGCAGGGGCUCUUGCAUUCUUUAAUGAAAUGCGAGGAAAAGGAAUUGCACCCACCAAGAUCAGCUAUACGACUUUGAUGAAAGCAUUUGCAUCAUCAGGUCAACCAAAGCUGGCUAACAAGGUUUUUGACGAGAUGCUCAAUGACCCUCGAGUGAAAGUUGAUUUGAUUGCUUGGAACAUGUUAAUCGAGGGUUAUUGUCGGUUGGGAUUGAUAGAAAUAGCAAAGAACAUAGUUCAGAGGAUGAAAGACAGUGGCUUAUACCCUAAUGUGUCUACUUAUGGUAGUCUUGCAAAUGGGAUUGCAUUGGCUAGAAAACCAGGGGAGGCUCUCUUGCUUUGGAAGGAAGUAAAAGAACGCUUUGAGAUGAUAAGGGGAGAGAAUUCUGCAUCAGAACCACCUUCUCCGCCACCAUUAAAACCUGAUGAAGGGUUGUUAGAUACACUGGCUGAUAUAUGUGUGAGGGCUGCUUUCUUCCAGAAGGCCUUAGAAAUUGUGGCAUGUAUGGAAGAGAAUCGAAUACCGCCUAAUAAGACCAAGUAUAAAAGAAUUUAUGUGGAAAUGCAUUCCAGAAUGUUUACAAGUAAGCAUGCCUCACAAGCUAGACAGGACAGGAGGAGGGAGAGAAAGAGAGCAGCUGAGGCUUUCAAAUUUUGGUUGGGUUUACCCAACGAAUAUUAUGGGAGCGAGUGGCGAUUAGACUCUAUUGGAGAUGAUUAUGCUUCCAGCUAAGUUUGAUUACUUUGUAGUUUGUAUAUUACUCUAUACUGUAUAACUGGGAUUUUUGUUCCCUCAAAAAACAAAAGUGGCUGGGUUCUGCAUUUACAGAAUCUAAAUACAA